CAGUCGACUAAAAACAAGUUUUGGCGGUGCAUUGUUUUCCGCGGCAUGUUUAUAGUAAUUUCAUUCUAAAUAUCACUUAAAUAGUUGAAAAAUGGCCGAAAAGCUAGAAGAUAUCAACCUGCCGCUAACGGUCGUCACUAGGAUCGUGAAAGAAUCAUUACCAGAUGGAGUAGCCAUAUCGAAAGAAGCCCGUACCGGCUUGGCAAAAGCCGCUUCAGUUUUCGUUUUAUACGUGACCUCUGCUGCUACAAAUAUAGUAAAAAAUAAUAAGAGGAAAGCUUUAACGGGUCAGGAUGUGUUAGAAGCGAUGACCGAUAUAGAAUUCGACAGAUUUGUAGAGCCUUUGAGAGAAGCUUUGGAACAUUACAAACAAGUUGUUUCUGCGAAAAAAAUGGCAUCAGGGAAGAAAAAGGAUGAUGGUGAUGAUGUGGAAAUGGUUGAGGAUGAUUAGUGUUAUAUACUUUUUAUAAAUAGUGUAAUUUUUUUAAGGUUAUAAAUGUGUUAUGAUCGAGUUUUGCAGCCUCCUUUGCAUUUGUUGUAAUCACUUUGCUACAAUUUAAAUUGUUGUGAUUAACUGGAUAUUUGGUAAUAAUGCUGCUAUAGUGUACUUUAGCCACAAGUGAGAGAAUGUCAGCCAGUAGCCAUAGCAUAAAAUAAGGUGGUAGGCUUGCAAGUUGAUAUUUGUCAGAGCAUUCAACUUUGCUCAGAGCCUUCUAGUAGAAUAACAAUGAAUGGUUCAUUAAAAACCAAAAGAUUGUAGAUAAAAAUAUACAGACAAUCGCUAGGUAUGUAGUUGGAGAAAACAAGAUUUGUCCUUCAUCCUAUAAAGUUGCUAAAAUUGAGAUAGUACCAAUUGCCAAUUCAAUAUGUAAUAUUUUUUUAAAACGUCACAUGUUCUUAAAACAUCUAACCAAAGUUCAAACAAUUCCCUUAACCUAACUAACAAUUCAUACUUUUUGGACACCUAUCAAUUUGUCGAUUGUUUCUUCUUAGUAGUUAGUUUACUAAUUUAUAGUGUACAAAACCAGUACCUUUUUUUACCAUAAGGAAAUUCAUUAUGGAUACCACUAGCCAUGGGGGAGCACAGUGGUUAUGUUGGACUCCUACCGACUAAAACCCUCAUGAAGUUCCAUCCCACCGCUGACAGCGGAGCACAAGGGACUGACAACACCUCGUUACUCCGCCAGCAGAUGUCCACCGCAGCACACCCACCACUGGGACACUACGUGCCCACAAACACCUUUAGAGAGUCCAAUCUGAGGCAUAUCACUGCACAUUGUACAAGAAGAAGUGUAAAAAGACUGUAUUUUUUUUCAUUACGCAUAUUAAAGCGCAUAAAAAAAUAUUUUAAGAAUUUUAUGUACCUUAUGACAUUUGUGACAUCAAGACAAAAAUGACAUAUCUGUCUUAUUGGUGGUCUUAUUAGUGGGAGGUCCCAGGAAUGUUAUAUUUUCUAAAUCUUUGGUCUGGUUUGGUGGGAUGCUUCAGCUGUACCACCUUACUGGCAAAGCUGUUCCCAUACCCCUUCCUGGUUAGCCAGCGUCCAUCUUAGCCUGCAUCAUCACUUACCACCAGCUGAGAUAGCAGUCAAAGGCUAACUUGUAUCUGAAUAAAAAAAAUGAUGUGUGCAAACUGUUAUUCUGCAACUUCUUGUUUUGCAAUCAAUAUUAACUGUAAAAUGUGAUUUUCCUGAGUUAGUGUAUUUUUCCAAUAUUGUAUUAUUGAUGCCUAGAAGGCAUUUUUAUGAUUAAGGUUUUAAUAAAAAUAAUUUUUU